AUGGGUGGUGAUCGUGAGCGAAGUAGAAAUGGUAGCAUAGAAAGAAAAAGAAGUAGAAGUCGGGAACGCCAUCGCAGUCCAUUACAUAAAGAAACAAAAGCAAGUAACAGAAGCCGAGAGGAUAAUAGAAACAGACCUGAUCGUAACCGGGAUCGAGAUGGAAGCAGAGAUCUAAAAAGAGGAAGAAGCUCGUUCCGUGUGGGUGAACGUGGAGGUCUUGGGAGUGGGCUAGGCAGCGGAGGUCCGGCUGCUAGAGGUCGGUACAAACCUCAAGAAGAAGAGUUUCUGGAUGCACGGAGAGAAGAAAGGGAGAGAAUUGGUGAAGUUGGGGUUUCCUCUAUUUGGGGCAAGUCACCAUUGAGGCCUGAUUCCGAAGAAGAACCAGAUUCAAACGCGUCCGAAACGAGUAAGGAGAAGAAAAAAAGCAAAAAGUCAAGCAAAGGGACAAAAGAGAAGUUGAAAAAAUUGAAGAAAAAGUUAAAGAAGGUGAAGAAAGCCCGUAAGAAAGCCAAAAAGAAACGAAGAAGUUCGAGGAGCGAAGAUUCCAGCGCCGACGAGCAAGAGGUGUGGGUGGAGAAAGGCAAAGAGGCGGAGGCCAGGGCGGGCGUGGGCGACGAGGUCAUCGGCCCCGCGCCCCGUUCCGGCCCGCAGCUCGGCCACAAGGACUUCGGCCGGGCACUCCUGCCGGGCGAGGGCGCCGCCAUGGCAGCCUUCGUCGCCGAGGGCAAGCGCAUCCCGCGCCGAGGCGAGAUCGGCCUCACCUCGGACGAGAUCGCCUCCUACGAGUCCGUCGGCUACGUCAUGAGCGGCAGCAGGCACCGGAGGAUGGAAGCGGUGCGAAUCCGCAAGGAGAACCAGAUCUACUCGGCGGACGAGAAGCGCGCGUUGGCAGCCUUCAGCAAAGAAGAGCGAGCCAAGAGGGAGAACCACAUUCUGGCGCAGUUCCGAGAGGUGCUGCAGGCCAGGCAACGGUCGCAUCACUGA